AAAGAAAAUUUGAAAAAAAACGUAGCAUAAGAAUAGAGAGCCACAGCAACGCGUAUAGCUAGUAAUUAAUAUAAAGACUAUGUAACUUUAUCAUUACUUUCAAUUCUCUUUUCUAAAUAAUUAGUUAUUACGAUAAAGUAACUUUAUCUUCAUUUUUAUUACGUUUUUACACGUACAAUUUUUGAAUUAAAAAAUAUUAUGUAAUUUAUUGCAAGUUAUAAUAAUUAUAUAUUAUGAAUCUAAUGAAUUCUGCUUGAAAUUGAUUAAACGACCCUUAGCAACCAAAGCUCUGGCGCUAGGCAACGCACAGUUGCUUGCACAAGAAAACGCGUCUGGUUGACAAUCACGCGUGCAUACGUACGCAUGCACGCACGCAUGUACGCGCGAACGCACGAACGAGCGAACGAACGGACGAAACAAAACGCGGUUUUGACAGCUCUGGCUGGCGCGGAGAAAACGCACCUUCGUGAUACGUGAUCCCUGACGCGUGAUCCACAUUUUAUAAUUAAAUCCGUGUUCCCUCCCUCUCUCUCGCCCGUGUCAAAUAGUAGCGAAUCGCAACCCUGUCUGGAACACUGGACGCAGCCCUAAUUGGAAUGUCCACAUGAGGCUGCUGAAAUUCUUGCUUCGUUAUUUCCCGCCAGGUCUCGCUUUGGAGUACACGCAGGGCGGUAACAUCAAGACAAAAAUGAUCGAUUUAUUCGACUUGUCUGCCGAAACGGACGUGAGAGCAUUAGCGGAAAGCAUAAAAGCGGCCGAGCCCAUAAUAACCGAAGGUGUAAUGGACCAGUUAGUCGAAACUUUGCAGAAGCUGCAGUCUAAAGUUUGCGAUACAAAUACUAAGCGCUACUACAAAUACAAAACCCUACAGACACAUCUUUUGCCAGUCACCAAUAUAGCGUUCGAUAAACUAGGUAAAAGAUGCCUCACGGGCAGCUAUGACCGAACUUGUAAAGUUUGGGACAUUGACAGUGGAACGGAGCUUCUUACUCUCGAAGGCCAUAAGAACGUGGUCUACGCCGUCUCGUUCAACAAUCCGACUUCAGACAAAAUUGUGACCGGAUCUUUCGACAAAACGGCGAGUGUCUGGUGCUCGCGGACAGGUCACUGCCUCGCAACCAUGUGGGGUCACGACGCGGAAGUGGUGGUGGCUAAAUUCUCACCGACGCGAUGCAAGCUCGCGACCGGUUCCAUCGACGCGACGUCAAAAAUAUUCCAUAUAGAAACUGGUCAGGAAUUGGGUACGUUGCGGGGGCACACCGCGGAAGUUAUUGCUCUGCAUUACAACGACGAUGGAAAUCAGAUCAUAUCGGGCUCCUUCGACGGAACCGUGAACAUCUGGGAUACAAGAACGUUUGCACGAACGAGCGCGCUUAUCGGUCAUCGUGCGGAGUUAUCCAAUUGUCUCUAUAAUUUCGAUUGUUCGUUGAUUGCGUCGUCCUCGAUGGACAAAAGCGCGAAGGUGUGGGAUGCGAGAAUGAAUAAUUGCGUGGCCACUUUGUUGGGACACGACGACGAAGUUCUGGAUCUCGCUUUCGACAACAACGGCAAGAGGCUGGCGACAGCCAGCAGCGAUACUACGGCACGCGUAUGGGACAUAAGCAGUAAUUUUCAGCAGUUGGCUGUCAUGAAAGGCCAUCAAGAAGAAGUGUCAAAAGUUUGCUUUAGUUCGAAUGGCCAUCAACUUUUAACCGCCUCUUUGGACAGAACAGCCAGGCUAUGGUCCGCAGACGAUGGCUCCUGCUUUCAGCAGUUGAAAGGACACACCGACGACGUUUUCGCGUGCGCAUUUUCGUAUACGGGAGACAGCAUAAUCACCGCCAGCAAGGACAAUACCUGUAUGAUUUGGAGAUGACUCGACUGGUUCCAGGUGUCUGCUUAGCUUUUACUCGUUGCUCUGUUUAUCGUUUACAUUGUACAUUUUUAUGUUAUCUAAAUAACGGCGAGCAUAUCGUUUUUCGAUAAACAGACAAGCGAUGAUAUCAAGUGUUUCCGCGUUCUACUAGACAGCGUGUGACGUGGCAUUUUGAUAAUGGCAGAGAAAACAAUAUCUCUAAAAA